GUCUGAUUACGUCACGUGGGGCGUCCAUGGCAAAGUGCGAACAGACACACAUAACAUUUUUCUGUCAGUUGUUGUCUUUUCAGAAUGAAAAUGCUUCACUUUAAGGACUUCUUCUGGAGCUCUGACUUGACGUGCACGGGUGGUUAUGACAUCAUCAUCCAGUACCUGAAUGACGGCAGGCGAACAUGCAAAGAGGUGGUGGAGUUCAUCAGGGCCAGGGCGUCCAUUGAGGAGAAAUAUGCCAAAGAACUGCUGGGUUUAUCUAAGAAGGUUUGUGGACACAACGAGAUGAACACAUUAAAACGAUCUCUGGACAUAUUCAAAUUACAGACCGAACAUGUGAGUCUGUCACACUUACAGCUGGCACACAGCAUGAGGGAGGAGGCCAAGAAACUGGAGAUCUUCCGAGAGAAGCAAAAAGAGGCGAAGAAGAAGGUGGAACAACACAUGGAGGUUCUCCACAAGCACAAGUGCUCCCAGCUGAAGAGAACAAUGGAGUCAAAGCGGACGUACGAGCAGAAGUGCAAAGAUAAAGAAGAAGCGGAACAGAAUGUGAACAGAUGCGGCAGCAGCAGCAUCAAGCACAUGGACAAGCUCUGCGCUAAAGCACAGCAGGCCAAAGUGAAUGCAGAGGAAGCAGACAGGCUUUACCGUCAGAGUGUGAUCUCGCUGGCCAAGAUCAGAGAAGAUUGGCUGAAGGAGCACAUCCAGGCCUGCGAGGUGUUUGAGCAGCAGGCCGCCGACCGCAUCAGUUUCGUAAGAAACACAAUAUGGACUCACCUGAACUUACUGUCGCAGCGAUGCGUGAGCCAAGACGAGCUGAACGAGGACGUCAGGAAGUCUUUGGAAAAGUGUGACAUCCAAGAAGAUAUCGAACACUUUGUUAAGCUGCGGCGCACUGGGGAGAAACCGCCAGCUCCAGUCCUGUAUGAGAACUUCUACAGUGGUCAAAGGGUUCCUCCACUUCUCAUCGGGGCAUGCCCAUCACCCCGAACCGACAAUAGAAGUGAUGCAGUCAACUCACACAUGCAAGAUGCGGGCUACAGUGUUGUCCGCUAUUGAGGGGAAAUACUGGUGCUCUAUAAUGGCGUGCUUGGAUGAGUUUGGUGUGGAAGAAGACUGCCUUUGGGGUGAAGUAGGGCGGUGGAGGUGAUCCUUAGGGGUAACAUCAGUGACAUUUGGAAAAUGGAAUCCCACACCCACUCCAUAAAUCUGACCAUUUUAAUUUAAAUUCUGUACAUAUAGUAAAUUUGAAUUAAUAUUUCCCCUUUAAAUAAAAAUGCUUUAUUCCAACCAUGUUUGGCAGUUGACAAUUUGACAUUUCUUCUCUUCUCAUGAUGCAGGGUGUAGAUUCUGUAUGCCAAUCAAAGGAGUGCCCCAAAGUGUAUUGAGAUCCUCCAUCUCCGGAUGAGUUUUAAACUUUUGAGUUUCCAAGCGACAGCCUCAAAACCCUCAGAAUUUGGAGAGUAUCUGUCAAGAGGAGCGGACCAAAAUACCCUCUCAUAUGCUCCACAAGUCCACAUAUUUUGUCUGGUGAUGUUACGAAGAAUGCUCUGAUCGGAUCAAAUCCAGAAUCAGUUGGAUGGUCCUCUCGCCUUGAUGGGGCAAAGAAAAAGUGGGUUCAGUCAUGCGUGGGAGCGAGAAGAGAGGCACGUUUUGUCCUGAUUGGGUGUACCUUCUAAACUCAUGCGAGGGUUUUCAAGUUUCUUCUCCAGCAAGGAGUCCAGCAGCUUCCUGAGGUGUUUGAAGAUCACGCCGAUCCGCACAGGAGCCUUGAAACCAAAUGGAUUUGGCAGUUGCUUAUGAAUCACAUCGAAAUUGCCUGUCAAAAAAAUUGGCACAGCACCGUCAGGUGGCUGUUACCUGGAAGUGCAUCCAUCCGUCCAGCGUAAUGAGGCGUUCUCUGUGCUGGAUGUCGAUGUCUCCUCCAAACAGCAGCAUUGGGAAGGGAGAUAUCAGAGUGGUGUCUCGUAGGUAGAUCUUUGUGUACUUCACCUGAGGAUGAAUAUGAUUGACAUCUGGUUAUUCACCAGAGAAGGAGAAUGAAGGAGGUUGAGGAGGUGGUCCAACCUUCUCCUGGUAGAGCAGCCAUCCAUGUGUCUGCAGGUUGCGGUUCACCGACGAAGGAUGCACCUGGGCCUUGCCUUGCGGUGUCUCCGCCGAGCACGCCACCCGCUCCAGAACGUCCACGGAGGUGGUGCAGAGGAUCCGUGCCACGCUGUCAUACAGGCCGGCUGUCAGAACCGACCCCAGCACGGACACCAUCUGCUUGGACGCGGCCGGGGGCGGCGUGCGCGGAGAGGCGGGACCGCGAGACGAGCAGAAGCCCGCCUGCUCCAUCAUCUUCAUCAGGUCGUGCUUCACAUCCUAAUGAAAAGAAGCUUUUUAAUGUAUUUUGUAGCAUUUUAUGGCAGAAUAGGCAGUAAAUGUCUGUCUUGCCUCUAUAGUCGCAAGAGCGGCGCGAUUGAGGAAGUGUUUUCGGCAGAAGGACAUUUCCGCUUUAAGUCCUUCCUUCUGGGAGUUCUUCCAUCUAAAAAGAAUGAAGUCGUGUUCAUCAUGAUAAAAAUCAAAGGUUCUUUAGGAACUGAGGUCCUUACCCUAGAUAUGCAUUGUAUAUGGUCAUGUGAUCAGAGUUGGCCAACGCCAGUGCCGCUUUGGCCAGGUUGGCUUCCUCCUUCCUGUUCAUGGGUGUGGAGAAGGGAGACUUCUCUGUAAUGGCUGCUGCGAUGGUCGCCUGGAACACAUCGGUGGGGAACGUCACACAUCGCCAGCCAGAUACAACGUUUCAUAAAAGACAACGUACAAUCGGCUCCAGGCAGCCAAAGAUGGCGCCGUAGAUGAGCAUCUUGCCGAUCUUGACGUUGACGGGCAGGUUGGCCAGAUGUUGUCCCAGAGGGGUGAGGAGGUGACUGCUGGGCUGACAGGCGCCGAUCUUCCUCAGCAGGUUGACGGCGUUGCUGACCGACUGAGGCUGAGGAGGAUCCAGGGCGCGACUCAGGAAGUCCUCCGGGGAGCCGUACUCGCAUUUCUAAGCAGCGGCGAGACAGGGAGGUCCUGAUUACGCACAUUUGACAGACUUUUGGUCGGAAUGUUACGUCCAAGCGCGUGAAAGGUUGAAGAAUUUAGAGAAAAACGCGGGGUCAAACCACCAUCAUGUUUAGUGAGCAUCUAAAGCAGUGUGAUGAUAACCAUAGAACUUACUCCAACACAGCAAUUAAUUAACAUGUGGCUUGUGAAGUCUAAUAAUAUCUAUAAAAGUAGUUUUGAAAUUAGAACAACUAGAUUUUGUUCGUUUUUGGAGGCUCUACUUUUUCAAGAUUACUUUUUUUCAUUGCUAAUCUGCAUUUUUCUACAAGUUAAUAGAAAUAUAAAGUGUGCAAAUGUCACUAUUUUUUUUUGGUUGUGACUGGUUAGUGGACUGCUGCUAAGAAAAGGGAAGUACUGUCCACUUGUCUUAUCAGUAGCAGACAAACGUUCCGAGAUGGUCACUUCCUCUCUCUUCUUAAUAGCAUGUGAACUUUGUUUUCAUUUGAGGUAAUCCUUUCUGUAAUAUUACCAUGAUAUGAAGGCAAAGCUCCUCCAGGGGGACCCGAAGUAUCUCUGGAACAGAGUAUUCCAUGAAAGCAUCAAACCUGAGGCAAAAAAUCACAAUGUUUCAUUUUAAUGCAACCCGUUGGUUCCAGUGUGGUCUUGUGGUACUUGUUCACCUGUAUUUUGGAUAGAGUCUGAAGCAGAAGCCGUUGCGGACCCGUCCUGCUCUUCCCUGCCUCUGGAGGGCGCUGGCUUUGGACACAAAGGUUUCCACCAGGGAGCUCAUCUGGCUGCUUUCAUGGUACCUGAAAAAUCACCAAUGUAUCAUAAUAAAUCUUAUUAUUGUAAUUAGUUUUAUCAUUUUUUAAAUAAUUGUAUUAUUAAUAGUAGUAGUAGCUGUUGUAGUACUAGCAGUCAGUAGAGCACAAUAGAGAAGUGAAAAAAACUGUCUUGUGAAAGCAUCUUCCUGCUGUAAAAUGUUGACUAUAUUGACUUGUGUGAAAGCU